UUUGGAAAAGGAAAAUGGGGUAAAAUAUAUCAGAAAAUAUUUUUAACUAUCAUGUUUUCCUUGUAAUUUUCAUGUUUUAUUAGGUCAUGGUGCUUAUUUUGCUGAUAAUCCAAGUGUUUCACAUAGAUACACGGAAGCCAAUUCAAUCGAUCAGACACGUAUUAUGUAUUACAACAAAGUCGUUUUGGGGAAUGAAUCGAUACUUAACGAAUUAAAUAGUGAAUUAAUGUCUGCACCAAAAGGUUUUCAUUCAAUACAUGGACAAUUUGCUGGUAAACCAAAUGAUGAUGAAUAUAUUGUGUAUCGAUAUGGACAAGGCUUGCCUUAUUUAAGAAUAACUUAUAAAGCAUAG